GGGGGCGGAGGACCGAUUGUCCGUGGCCGUGUGGCUUACUGCUCUCAGGUGCCCUGGAUCGUGGCGGGUAGCGUGCGUGAGAACAUCGUGUUCGGCUCCCCCUGGGACGAGCAGUGGUACGGCGCUGUCGUACGCGCCUGCUGCCUGACAGACGACCUAGCGGGGCUGCCGGCGGGGGAUGCCACGGAGCUGGGGGAGCGGGGGGUGAACCUGUCAGGCGGACAAAAGGCCCGAGUGGCCCUGGCUCGCGCCUGCUACUCGCGGCCCGCUGUGGCGCUCCUGGACGACCCGCUGUCCGCCGUUGACCCACGGGUCGGUCGCGACCUCUUUUCGGGCGCCAUCGGGCCCGGCGGACUGCUGGCGGCAUGCGGCGCCACUCGGCUGCUGGUGACCCACCAGCGGCAGUACCUGCCCAAGUGUGACCGCGUGCUGGUGUUGCGGGGUGGUGCGGUGGCAGCGCUGGGUCCCUGGCGUCAGGUGGCGGAGCUGAAGCUGCCGGAGCUCACAGCGGGGCAUGGGGGC